GCCGGGAAGAGCGACAGUGACCCUGGAAGAGGCGGCGAGGAGGCGGGUCUGAGCGCCAGAGUCCAUGUGGGUGUAGCGCGGGGUCGCCAUGGCGGAGCUGCAGCAGCUGCGGGUGCAGGAGGCAGUGGACUCCAUGGUGAAGAGUCUGGAGAGAGAGAACAUCCGGAAGAUGCAGGGCCUCAUGUUCCGGUGCAGUGCCAACUGUUGUGAAGACAGCCAGGCGUCCAUGCAGCAGGUGCACCAGUGCAUUGAACGCUGCCAUGCACCUCUGGCCCAAGCCCAGGCCCUGGUGACCACUGAGCUGGAGAAGUUCCAGGACCGCCUGGCCCGGUGUACCAUGCAUUGCAAUGACAAAGCCAAAGAUUCAAUAGAUGCGGGAAGUAAAGAGCUUCAGGUGAAGCGGCAGCUGGAGAGUUGUGUGACCAAGUGUGUGGAUGACCACAUGCACCUCAUCCCGACCAUGACCAAGAAGAUGAAGGAGUCUCUCUUGUCCAUUGGGAAAUAGAAGUCUUUGCAACUGGC